UGGUAUAUUUGAAAACUAGCAGUUGAAGUCGAGCGCUUUGCGAUUGGGACUGUCGCAAAUCUGCCCAAAGGAGCGGUCUUCUGUUAUACCUUAGUACAUGACGAUACUAACGCGAUGGAGGAAGAGGAGCACACGGACAGAAAGCAGCAGCUUGCCAUGCUUUUUCAAAAGCUUAACAAGAUCAAAAAGUAUCUAAACGAAGACGAUACAGACAACAUCAACAAUGUCAUCAGCUCAAACUCGCCUGAAUCUUGCCUGGCUUAUUUGAUGGAUCUGGAGAAGAAAGGGGAUCCUCACCUGGACCAUAACCAUCUCACCCGCCUCAUCCACUAUUACACUAAAGUGUUCUCCAACAUGCCGCUGGGGAAGCACUGUCAGAAUGAGAGCUAUGCCAGGAUGCUGGUUAGGUUUGCAGAGCUUAAAGCGAUUCAAGAUGUCAACGAGGCAGAAGCAAACUUCAAUGUGGCGAGAUCCCACAGCCCCAACUUUGCCUUUGUGCACAUUGCACAUGCCCGGUUUGAGCAUUCUCGAGGCAACACCAAAAGAGGCAUUCACAUGCUGCAGGAGGCUAUCAAGAUGGGCGCUAAGCCCAAAGAGCUCCUGGAAACUGCCCUGCAAAACAUGCAGCCAGGAAAACCACUUUCCCCUUCAGAGGAUAAGGAGAACCUACCAUAUCAUAUUGUGCAGGAUUCCGGGAAGAAUUCCACAGCCUUCCAGAAAGUUGGCAGAAUAUCUGAUGGCACAGGAGAGCUGCAGCUCUCCAGCAUUUUUAGUUCUGGGAUGGAGCCUUUGUCUGGAUCCUCAGUGGAACACCUUCCUGGCUGGAGAUCAGGAUCUCAUCAUAAGAAAGCUUCCUGCUUGCCAGGAAGGGUACCUGUAGUGCCUUUCUCUAUCCAAGAAAAUGAGGACAGUGAUGGAAAUGUCCACGAUGUUCCCCCUAAAAGAGGCGAAAUGAACAUCCCCACAGGCUUACCCAGGCAAACAUCUGGCUCAAAUGUGAGUUCUGUGUUUGGACCCUCAAUGAAGAAAACCGCUGAAGAUGGAGGUCAGGCUGGUGUUCGGCAGCCAGCUCUCAGUCCAGAGCAAAGCCAGUGGGAUGACCAAGCAGUGGCAGAGUCAACAACGACACUCCUUCAAAGGGGGGUUGCAAGUGAAACGCAGCGAAUGGAAGAUGUAACUUCCAGCUUUGAGCAGAUCGUUAAUUCCAGUUCUCCUGAGUCUUGUUGGACGUAUUUGAAGGACCUGGAGGGAAGAGGGAACCCUCACACAGACGUCUCCCUCCUCAACAAGCUCAGGAAUUACUAUUCCACCGUCUUUGCCAAGCUGCCCAUCAGGCAGUACAGUAAAAACGGCAGCUACGCCAGAAUACUAGUCAGAUACGCAGAGCUGAAAGGGAUUGAGGAUCCGGAUGAAGCAGAGGACCACUUCAUAGUUGCAAGGUCCAACUGCAAAGGGUUUGCAUUUGUGCACAUUGCACAUGCUCAGUUUGAGGUGUCUCAAGGUAAUAUGAUAAAAGCAUCUUCAAUUUUGCACAAAGCCCUGGCGUUAAACGCCCAACCUUCUCAGCUCCUGAACAUAGCAAUCCGUAACCUGAAAGCUGGGGAAAAACGGUUACUGGACCCCGAUGAGGAGCUUCUCAUGGAGACUGCACAGAGUGCGUCCACCAGUGUGGAACACCAGGAAGUGCAUCUUCCUGCACGGGUACCUGCCCCGCGUUCUGUGGAGCACGCUAAACCUGCCAGCAAAGAGUCUGCCCCAGAGUGGAAGCUGCUACCCGCCGUCCAUCGGCACGUUUCCCCAGAGGAAAAGAGAACCACACCACCUAUUCCUUGUCAGGUGGAGUCUUUGAUGACUCCGUCCCUCCAACGUCCGUCUAGACUAAACCCUCACUCUUUCUGUCAGACGCCGUGCAGCAACCAGAACCCAAAUCCAAACAGCUUUGUCACUCCUGUUGUGAAAGGAGGUCCAGAAGUGUGGUCCUCUGCAGUGGCAGCUCACAGAACCAGGGCGCUUCAGCAGUCCCACACGCCUCUGAACCCAGCAGCCUCUUUCCAGACUCCACAGGCCUCAUUGAGUUCUUUAUCAAAUGAAUCCAUCACCAUUAAGGGCAAGCAGUUCUUCGUUCUCAAGAUUAUCGGGCGUGGAGGAUCAAGCAAGGUCUUCCAGGUUCUUGAUCACAAAAAGCAGCUGUUUGCUGUGAAGUAUGUGGACCUGGAGGAAGCUGAUGCUCAGACCGUAGAAAGUUACAAAAAUGAAAUUGAACAUCUGAACCACCUGCAGCAGUACAGCGAUCAAAUCAUCAAGCUCUAUGAUUAUGAAAUAACCAACAGCUACAUCUAUAUGCUGAUGGAGUGUGGGAACUUGGAUCUGAACACCUGGCUGCGAAACCGCAAAUCUGUUGUGAACCCACUCGAGAGAAAGUUUUACUGGAAAAACAUGCUGGAGGCCGUCCAUACCAUCCACAAACACGGGAUCAUCCACAGUGAUCUGAAGCCAGCAAACUUCGUCAUCGUGAACGCAUCACUGAAGUUGAUCGACUUUGGUAUCGCAAACAGAAUCCAGCCUGAUGUGACCAGCAUCAUGAAGGAUUCACAGGUGGGAACCCUGAACUACAUGCCCCCUGAAGCCAUCAAAGAUACUUCCUCCCAGUCUGGCAAAGCUCGCUCAAAGAUAAGCCCCAAAGGAGACGUGUGGUCGCUCGGCUGCAUCCUUUAUUGCAUGACUUACGGGAAGACUCCAUUUCAAAGCAUCACAAACCAGAUGGCCAAGCUGCACGCCAUCAUUGACCCCUCCCACAAGAUUGAGUUUCCUGAUAUUUCAGAGAGGGACUUGCUGGAUGUUCUAAAGAGGUGCUUAGUAAGAAACCCUAGAGAGAGGAUCUCGAUUGUAGAGCUGCUGGAUCAUCCCUAUCUCCAGCUGAAGCCUCAGGCCUCACCUGAACCAGCAGAGCAUCCAUCUAAUGGGGACCUUCAGAGGAUCCUGACGGACCUGGCCGCUCUGCAGUCUCCAAACAGCAUCAUCCGAGCUGCAAAUAAUUUGGCAAAAAUGUGCAGCAGUGGCAGGAGGCUGGAUGUUGCAGAAUGUGCAAAGUCAUCCACUUAAAGAUUCUGGAAAGUGUGACGUGGACGUUUCUUCUUCUUCUUUUCUGACCUCCUAGUGACCACUAGGUGUUCUGCUGAAAGAACCAACAUGUUCAUGUUUGUAUAUUAACAUUUUUCUGAAGUUGUCCUUCUGAGUGAUGUUUACUUUUUUAUUUUACUUUAGAUGUUAAAAAUUUUAAGCAAAACACAACAUGGAGAAAUAAACAAACUGUGUAUCCUACAGAGUUUCAUUCAUACCAUUA